UUGAAACAGCGAUCGGCUGCGAAUACAGGAUACAGAGCACUCCGUACUCUUAUUGUCCAGUUUCUCUGCGCUCUUCUCUUACGAUCUGGUGUCCCCGGCGAUUUUCACCUGGCCAUCACAGAAAUGGGCCCGAGAUCUCGUCGUCAACCACAGCAUCCAGGCAGAUGACGGAUAACCCUUCUCCACCUCCAUCAUCUGGCUCCGGCCCUCCUCCGCCGUCCUCCCACUUCCCAACUCACGAUGGACCUCGAGUCUGGGUUUUGUCUGCCGGUGACUCGCCGAUUGGUAUUUCGCUAACGCGCCAACUGCUAGCCCAUGGCGACCAAGUGGUGGCGGGGAUUACUCCGUCGAAUCCAGAGAGAGAGGAUCCGCGAAGGGUGAAUUUCGAUGUCUUCUUGGACGAGAUCAGCACCGAGGAUGAGUACAAAGGGUGGUUGGAGAGGCUUGAGACCGUAGAGUUGGAUAUCAGAUUGAUGAGUGACUGUCAGGUAGCUAUUGCUGCUGCUAUCGCUAAGUUUGGAAGAAUUGAUAUCCUUUUCUGCUGUACAAGCCAAGCUAUAAUUGGAGCAGUCGAAGAACUCGCGGUUUCGGAACGAACCCAGGCUUUGGUGAGAGACCAAUUCGAAACCAAUUACUUCGGCCCUGUCAACUUGAUCAAGGCUGUAUUGCCGCAGAUGCGAAAACAAAAGGCUGGUCAUAUUAUGGCCCUUGGCGGAAUCACGGGACAUAUAGGGACACCAGGUCUUGGAGUAUAUUGUGCUGCAGGCUGGGCACUUGAGGGUUUCUGCGACAGCAUCGCAUACGAAAUCGCCCCUUUCAACAUUCGCGUGUCCAUCCUCCAAUGUAACAUCGAAAUUGGAAUCCUCUCCAACCUCGUCACCAGCGUUCCUCCCAUGUAUCCCACCUACUCUCGCACAGCUAACCACGCACCAUUAUUCCGAGGAAUCCUGAAUGACAUUCUCUCCCGCCUCCCAAGCGUCACGGGGUACCCUGAUUCACCUGUCCCAUCACCAAUAUCCGAUCCAUCCCCUUGCUCUGUCUCCACCACCUCCACCAGUAACCCGGAAGCCCACCACGAACAAAACACCAUAGACGCGAACCUCCAUCCACUUUCCGCAAAGACCAUUGUUUCCCUCUAUCCGCCGCUCAGUCCUGCACAUCUGGAUCUUCUCACGGCGGAAACUAUACACGCCAUCACCGCUAUCGGAGGCCAUGAGAAUCCACCAGCACGACACAUUGUUGGUGCUGAAUCCGUGGCCAGUGUGAAAGAGAAGUUAAAGACAAUAAGCGAAGAGCUCGAGGAUUUCAUAGGUUGCAGUUCUGCGGUGGAUAUUGUUAGCGAUGAGAAUGCCAUGCGUGUGGUUAGCGAGGAGACUACGGCACAAGCUGCUAUCCCUUAAUAUGCUUUGCAUAUCAACUUAAAAUGCAGCUCUUUAAUGUUAAAACGAUUUAUGGUAGAAUAGUUAUCGCCUUUGAUUAGGAGCUUUUGGACUAAAAAUAGUAAUAUGUAGAUAUCUUUAAAAAAAGGGCCCAUGCACAAAUUUUAAGCCGAAUAACAGACGCUAGGUCCUCGCAAAAUAGUAUCGUAUCUAAUGUAAGCUCCUCCCAAGUCCUAUUCCCGAAUCCUGGAAGCUUUGCAAGAAGAGAUGGGAGCUAAAAGGAAAGGAGAAAAGUAAAGAAAUACCCAAUCGUCGUCGCAUCAUUGUAGAACAAUCUCAUUAUCUAGUUUUUGCACUGACAAUGAGCAAAGUCAUAUAAUAGCUCUAAAUAUUCAUAGAAUGCUGAUUUUGAAUACGCGAUAGCUGUUGGUAGCCAAGGAUAUCACGUGUACGACGAUUAUGCGCGCUCGGGUUCGCUUCGGUUGUGAAAGAACAUCUCAGCGACCCCGAAGAUACCAAGAUUGUCGAAUAUCCCAAAGAGAGCCAAUAUCUUGGUUGUUUCUGUAACAGCGAAAAUCUUUCCAAGCGUUUCCGUUAGGCGGGUUUUUAAUACGUCCAUCAAUCUCGAGAAUCUUGUUGUGUAAACUGGUGGGACCUCGGACACCUCUGAACACGACGUCCCUGAUCUGGGGCUGUCCGUUGGUUUCGGGCUCAGUGCCAUCGCUAGCUUUAGUUAUGUGUUCAAAGGCCUUGCUCUCACCGUCCUUUUGGUUUUCCUCAGGAUCAGCAGCACUAACAUCACUCUUGAUAGCUUUCGAAAUUUCCAAAGUAUUACCCAUAGGAGACGUCUCUUUCGGAAGAUCGACCGGCACACUUUCAGCCGUAAUCUUGUGGGUAUUAAGCUCAAUGGAACUCCCACUUUCCUGGGUGUCAGGUAUUGCCCUUUCGGCAGUUUGGGACUUUGAAUCAAGUUGGAAACGAAAGGUGUCCCAUGCGAGAUCAAGGUUGGAAUAGUCAAAUUCCGUGUGUAAGUCCGAAAGUUCAGAUUCAGAAUCUGAACUAAUCUCCUCUAGAAUUUUGAUAAAAUGGUUGCGAGUUGUAAUGCUGCAGUCACUAGCAUUUGUAUGGUGGACAUCCUUGGGAUUAGUUACUAUCUCUGCCUCCAUAGUUUUCACAGGCUGCUCAUCUAGGGUGUUUUCGUGGGGACCAUUCGCUUCCAUCUCAGAAACAAAUUGCUGUAGGGUAGACAUGAGGUUUCCCGUUUGGAAACGCUUUCCAGAAUUGCCACUCUUCGCACUCGCAUCAUCACCCGGAUCAGACGACAUAGGCACUGCUCUACUGUCGGUGGAAAUGAUAGCACUUUCGACAGCAGGCUGCGUUGGCUCAAGUUUAACUUCAGUAGUCUGCGAGUCUGGAAUUCCAUGUGGAGAAGUUUUUGUUGCAAUGUCAUUCGU